UUUUUAAAUGUAAGGGAAUAAAAACAUCAAAAUUUGAAGAAAGUAUACAAAAGUGAUUAAAAAUUCAUUUUAUCAAAAACCUCAAAAUGAGUCACAUUAUUCAGAAUCUAAUCAAAAUUACUGAGCAUCAUCCUCAAAUUUAUAAGAAAACGGAGAAAACAUUCCAGGGGCAUACAACACCAGCUAAAGGUUUGACUUUAAAGGAAUUUCGAGAGCAAUAUCAAGAAAAGAAUAAUGAACCAUUUCCAAUUUUGCCAGAUGAAAACAUGACAGUGGAAUUUUUACUUACCAUGCGUUCAAUGUCAACCCACCGUAAACGUGGUGAAAGUCAAGUAUUUUAUAUGGUUAAACCUCAGAAGCCGACUUCUUGGUUUGCCCGCUAUACUGGUUUUAAGUAAGAAUGAGCCAACUGCAUACAGGGUAGCAGUAUCUCCGUACUAAAUAAGUAUUUCUUAUUAUACAAUAGAUCGAUAUA